AUGGCAAUUGUUAAUCGCGCCCAACAAAUUGACAGCAAGAAAACUUUCCGUAGUCCAAUUCUAGAGUCAUUGGACGGCCUAUUUUAUGUAUCAAAAUUUUUUGGCUUAAUUCCUUAUUCACUCAGUGAUUACAUCACGAAAAAGCGAUUACAACUUUCAUCAUUUGGGUGUGCCUUUUCCGUCCUAUCCUGCAUAUUUUAUAUCGUCGCUUAUCACAUCCUCAUGUCGGAGACAAUGAUCGAGAGAGAUUCAGAGAAUAAAAUUAGCACAUUGACGGCUAUAAUUGGGAUGUUUAUAAUCUAUUUGGAACCGUUCAUGAUGACUAUCGACAUUUUGGCUGCGCUCAUUAAUCAAACGGCUUUAAUUGAUGUUUUUGAUCGCUUACAGGAGAUUGAUAAUAAAUUGGAGAAAGAGAAUGUGUACCUUGAUAACCGUCAGAAUCGCUUUACAUCAGCCGUAUUCCUGAUUAUAUUCAUAAUAUGUGAACUUGGAAUUGGAUAUGCCGUGGUUUUUAUCUUUAGGGAAGAAUUUUCAAUAAUCCAGGCACUCACAUGGUUCAUUAGCUGCAUUCCAUUAUUUAUCGAUGUGAUAGCUAAAACUUGGUUCCUGAUGCUUAUCCUACUCGUUCAAAGUCGUCUCCGUGCAAUUAACACCUAUUUAAAUGAAAUAAAAAGGAGCUUUCAGGAGAGAAAAUUACGUCACGUAAAAGCCGUCGAAUUGAAGCCAUCGAGAAAGGAUAAUUUAUUCAUGGAGACUGUCGGCUAUUUGGAGAAGGAAAUUUAUUCAACGACAAGUGGUAAAAUGGAUGGGUGGAACUACUGGGAGGAAGCACGUAACAAUAAAACAAAUAAAGUUGGUGAUGUCAACAAUUUAAGCGGAGUAAAGUCGAUGAAGAAAAUUAUUCAGGUUGCUCCUUAUAAAGGUCGAUAA